AGAGACCGACGAUGAUCAUGCGAACGCUUGCAAUCGAAAAGAUUCACCACCAAUUCGCGUAAUUUUAUCCGUCGGAAAAGGUGCCUGGCGGAUCAGUCUAGUUCCAAACGCCGGUUCGGGUGGACGCGCACGCUAGCAGUCCGGUCAAGACGAUAGAUACUGUGAUCAAACCUGUUAAAACGAAGAAGCCACUUUGGAUGAAUGGUUUUUUUAACGAUCACAAGAAACCCGUUGGUCGACCCAUCCCCGAGCAGCUGAUCCAUCGUCGUAAGGCGCCGUGACGUUGUUGUUGUUGUAGCGGUUGCAGCGUAUUGAUUUCUACCUGCCGAUGACGAUCCCACGACGGUACGAGACGGCGGAGUUCCGGUGGCUGUGGCUGUUCGCGCUGCUGCUGACCGUCGGCUGUCGGUUGACACGCGCCAAUCUCGACGAUUUCAUGGAAUUGCCCGACUACAUCAAACUUCCGAAACUUUUUGUGUACGAUGACUUUGGCGAUUGCGUCGAUGAGCAGCCGGAAGGUUUCCUGUAUUGUGUGGUGCACGCCAGGAUUCUGCCGAAUGUGUCCUCGGAACUGUGGCGAAAUAUCACUUACAUCUCGGACAGUUACCGGCACUACGACCACUCCAAACUGGAACGUGGGGUUUGCAUUGAAAAGUGCCGAAAUCUUCUCCGUUCGGAGAAUGCUGCAGUAGAACACAAAAACACUAGUGAGUUCACCGGUCGGCUGGCAAGUCAGUGCGUGAGUCAUGAAAUCAAGCGUCAGUACAAUCUGGAGAUUGCUCGGGACGUAAGUGUCUAUCAUUGUUACACCAGAGAUGAAAUCCAUCCCGGACUUGGUGUUUUGGAAGCAUGCUUCUAUUUUCUUCUCGUAGUGAUAACCAUCCUCAUAGCAUCAGCAACGGCCUACGACAUGCGACAAUCGAACCGGAAGGGCCAUCCGAAGCUUCACUUCCGGCAGCUACCGGAAAGUAAAAGGGAACGACUUUUGGUUGCAUUUUCUUUUCCUAGAAACGUUUAUCGCUUGAAAGAGUCGGUGGGUGGCAGUAUAAGACAAGAUCUGGAGUUCCUGGAAGCGUUUCGAAUUAUUCACAUGUUCCGGGUGAUCCUAUUGCACGUGUUCGUAGCUCAUAGCAAGUUACCCCAGAAGAACACGUUCCACUACGAGAACAUUCAACAUCGGGCUGCGACGGUGAUCUACAUUGCAGAGUUUCAGAACUACAUUCAAACGUUUCUGUCCAUUUCGGGUAUGCUGUUGGCCGUUAACUUCCUGGAGCACAUUCGGAAAAAUCCCGAUUUUGACAUGUCCGUUGCGUGGGAGAAGCUGAAAUUGCGACUGUGCCGAAUUGUUCCGGCUUACGCAUUUGUGAUAUUCGUGGAGUGUGCCCUCCUCCGGCGGUUCAUCGAUGGUCCGAUAGGGUAUCACUUCAUCGGAGAAGCUCAGGACAAUUGUCGACGCUGGUGGUGGGCAAAUCUACUCUUCAUUAAUAACUACAUUCAAACGGAUGAACCGUGUUUGAUUCAAUCCUGGUAUCUGGCGGUUGACCUGCAGCUGUUCCUCUACGGUCUGACGGUAAUGAUGCUGAUCUGGCGAUGGCAACAUCUUAAGGAAUACAUCUUCGGGGUAGCUUUCGCGUGUGCGGCGGUUAUCCCAACGAUUGUGUCGUAUGCGUACAGGAUUACACCGGCCAUGACACAACACCUUAAAAAUAGUAACCAUUACAACCGCGAGCACGAUUACCAAUAUGACAUCUACUUUCCGUUUCAUCAAAACAUUGGAGUUUACUCGUUCGGAAUGCUCGCCGGUUUCAUCUAUCAUCGCUACCGUGACUCGAGAGCUACCCUAUUGGGUUCCAAAUUGUUCCUAGGACUUUUAAAGUCUGCCGCCUUCCUGUAUUUCCUUAGCCUUGGAACCGUCUAUUGGGUUGUCGCCUACCGGGACAGCAUUCAACCGAUUUUACAAGCGAUCUACUCAACAUUCUUCAAGCAAUCGUGGGGAGUUUUGUCGACGCUGCUUCAGUUAGGAUUGGCUUUGUUUAGCAUGAACUCGUGGAUAAAACGAUUUUUAAGUCAUCCGUUUUUUGGCGUCUGCGGAAAACUGUGUUACAGUUUCUACCUGAUCCAUUUUACCGUAAUCGAGCUGGUUUACGGUGGAACAAUGGAACCUCUUUAUUCUAACGAACGGGUGAUCACGACAUAUGUGGCCCAGGUGCUCUUUUGGACAUUGGUCAUGGGAGUGAGUUUGGCACUGAUGAUCGAGCUACCGUUUGGAGUCGCUUUGAAGGAACUGGUGCAACGACGGAAGCAAAAACAGGACAAGAUUCAAAAAACGCAAAUUUCGACGAUCGAACAAUUGUCGAACCAACAGUCGGAACGGGUUUAACCACGGACAACAGUUCUCAGUAAGUGUAAGCAAUUCAAUUACUCCGUCCGAACUUGCAUACAGUAAGAAUCUAUACGUAAAGAAUCGCAAGCAAUCAAUGUUGCAUUACGUUGAUUGGUUAGGAAGUUUGUGGUUUAACACAGGUUUGAAAAUCAAACGCAAAUGGAAUGUACGUAACAAAUGAUAAUAACCAUGACAUAGUAGCUUAACGUAACGAACAACUACCGAGUAGUACAUAUUCUAUUUAUUUGUAAAUAAAACAUCGGUUAGUACUCAGCAUGCGUGUUAAAAAGUCAGUUACCUACCCCAACUUUUAUGAUGACAUCCCACCGAAGUCCUAUUUCUUCCAGUGUCUUUAGUCCUUCAUCGAUUUCUCUCUAGUAUAAAAAUUUCGGUAGAUUUGUUCUACGGACUCGUAGACCUGCAGAUCCGUCUCCAAAUCCGUCGUUGUGACAUCGUUGCCACACUGCAAAACGAGUCUGCAUGAAGGCAUGCGUUGACUGAGUGGGAAAAUGUGACAGAGCAUAUAUUUAUAGUUUAAUGCAUAACGCAAAGCGUCCUUAUACCGACCGACGCAGAACUGCUACUGAAUGAGAUGCAUAGUGUGAAUUAACGAUCGAAACCAUCGGUCGUAUUAGAGGAAUUAAAAUUAUGACAUGCUGUGAUUGGUUCAUGACAACAUAGAUAAAUUCAAACUGAUUUUUCAAUGGUGUACUAUUGAAAUAGUAAAACAACUGUGAAAUGCAUGAUUGAGUUAAAUGUUUUCGACUGGAUUGACAGGUGAACUACAUAAAUCCAUCAACAAAUGACUGAGUAAUAAAUGUUAAAUUAUAACAGAAAAUCUAACGCAGCAAGUUUUGGUUUUUUUCAUUGACACCCGACCCCCUAUAGUGCAGGGUAUUUUUAAAGUAAAAAAUACCCUUUAAAUUCAUUUAAAUUUUAUUAUAAAGGGUGACUUUUUACGCAAGUAUCUUUUUGGAACAACGGUUUUUAACAAAUCACGCGGGAAU